AGCAGCGUCGCCCGUAAGCUGAAAAGCUGGCCAGCACAAUGGGAAAAAAACAGAACAAGAAGAAAGUGGAAGAGGUCUUAGAGGAAGAAGAGGAGGAGUAUGUGGUGGAGAAGGUCCUGGAUCGGCGAGUGGUAAAGGGCAAAGUGGAAUACCUGCUGAAGUGGAAAGGCUUCUCGGAUGAAGAUAACACAUGGGAGCCAGAGGAGAACCUGGACUGCCCAGACCUCAUUGCGGAGUUCCUUCAGUCCCAGAAAACCGCACACGAGAGCGAGAAGUCGGAGGGAAGCAAGCGCAAAGCCGAGUCUGACUCGGAGGAUAAAGGGGAGGAGAGCAAACCAAAGAAGAAAAAGGAGGAGUCGGAGAAGCCGCGAGGCUUUGCCCGGGGAUUUGAGCCAGAGCGAAUCAUCGGUGCCACAGAUUCCAGCGGGGAGCUCAUGUUCCUGAUGAAGUGGAAGAACUCCGACGAGGCCGACCUGGUCCCUGCCAAGGAAGCCAACAUCAAGUGUCCCCAGGUGGUCAUCUCGUUCUAUGAGGAGAGGUUGACAUGGCAUUCCUACCCCUCAGAGGACGAUGACAAGAAAGAGGACAAGAACUACCCCCCCUGGCACCCACUCUGGCCAGCCUUUGUAUAA